GUGCCAUAAUCCACGACCAAAAGAAAAACAUGUUCCUUAUCCGUUAGUACAAACAAAGGCUACUACAUACGUAAACACUGAAAGGAUAGUCCUGGUUGGGAGGAAUGGCAUCACUACUUUCAUCAUCAGCAUCAUCAUCAUCAUCAUCAACUUCCCUAAAGCUUUUGCAUUUUCCCUCAGCUUUUGAAUUUGAUGGCAUUGGCAGAAGAAGAAGAAGACGAAGAGAUAAGAACAAUUCUCUACUCAAAGUUACUCGUUCGAGUCUCGCUGAUGCCUCUACUCUCCUCCUUGCAGCCCAUCACACUGUGGAUAGAUACAUAAGAAGCGGCAUGGUUAUUGGGCUGGGGUCCGGUUGUGCUUCUGGUAUGGCCAUACAAUAUAUGGGUCGGCAACUUCGCGCUGGUGCUUUAAAAGAUAUAGUAGGGGUACCUACGUCCGUUGGAAGUGCAAGUGAAGCUGCAAAGGCAGGAAUUCCAUUAAAUCAGUACCAAGAUUGUUCUCAAAUUGAUUUUGCAUUUGAUGAUGCUGAUAUUAUAGAAGAAGGAACACUUGUUGCUGUCAUUGGACGCCGGAGAUUACAAGGUGAGGAGUCAAUACUCCAAGAGAAGUCUGUACUAAAUGCAGCCAACAAGCUUACAUUCAUGAUCACAGAAAGCCAGUAUAAAGGUGGUCUAGAUGGAGCUGUUCCAGUUUUAGUUCAAUCUCUCAACUGGAUGGAAAUUGCUGAAAAGAUCGAUGACCUGUUUUUAGGUGAUGCUGAGGUAUGGAGGAGACCAUCUAUAGGGCAAGCAGAUCCACUAGGGGGUAUUAACCCAUUAGUCACUAAAGAAGGACAUAAUGUUCUUGAUCUCAUAUUUACAUCUCCAAUUCUAAGCCUUGCUGAAGUAGCUGAAAGCCUUGAUAAAGUCGAUGGGGUUGUAGACCAUGGAGUCAUAAACAAGUUCCCGUGCACAGCAGUGAUUGCUUCAGAAGAUGGGCUGCAAAUUGUUGAUAGUCUGCCAAGAAAUGCAAUGGAGGCACUUUGAUUGUGAUAGCCUGAAAAGAAGACAAAUGUGGUCCUCACCAGUCACCUCCAACGGUACUGAAAAGGAAUCCAGCCCUAUUGAUUUGAUGUCUUCAAAGAUUUUAUAUGUCGGCCUGUAAGAAAGUCAAAGAAUUCCAGCCCUAAAUUUUCUUAUGCUUUAAGUCUAUAAUACUAUUUGUAUGAAAAAUGAAUGAGUAUCUUUCUCCAUUUUGACAUUA